AUGACUAGGCAAGAAAUUCCCAGGGUGUCUGCUAUCAGUGAGCCCGGUAGGAUAUGGCCUACCCUCCAGGAGCAUGGCGCCGUUAUUAUCAAGAACUUGCUUCUCUUAGAUGUGGUGCAGCGAUUCAACCAGGAUAUGGACCCCCAUGUUAAGAUUGAAACGGUACCCGCUGCACGAACCAAGGACCGUCCUAAUCAUGUCUUGUCCACCACGACUCGAAUCAUGAAUGUGCUGACCGAGUUGUCCAAGACAUACCGCGAGGAUAUCUUGAACAACAAGGUUCUGAAUGACAUCUCCGAGGAAGCCUUCAAGGUGUAUGGAGACUACUGGGUGCUGAUGGGCGCAGUGAUGGAACUCGCUCCAACAAAUCCAGCCCAACCUCUUCACCGUGACAUGCGCUACAGCCACCCCAUUGUCGAUUAUCUCAAGCACGAUGCCCCCGCUACCUCGAUCAAUCUACUCAUUGCCUUGACCCCAUUCACUGCUGAGAACGGCGCCACCCAUGUCAUUCUUGGAAGCCAUAAGUGGACUGAUAUCAGUCAGGCUAGCAUGGACCAGACUGUUCGCGCUAUCAUGGAUCCGGGUGACGCCCUGUUGAUUACAGACAGUACUGUUCAUUGUGGAGGUGCCGAUAUCACUGGCACCGAGAUUCGGCGUGUCUUGUCCCUGACCACGGGCAUCAGCCAGCUUACUCCGCUGGAGAGUAAUUUCACAGUUCCCCGCCCAAUAAUUGAGAGCAUGACCCCUUUGGCUCAGAGGCUCGUGGGCUGGGGCAGUCAAAGAUCCUCUGUGCCUAAAGAUAUCGGGUUAUUGACCAUCCGAGGAAAGUCAAUUCAGAAAGUCAUGGACUUGAAAUCUGAACAACCGCUCGAAGAAAGUGGCUCCAUCUAA